CUUGCGCUCUGGUUUCUUUUCCGGCAACCGGAGCUCGCUGCUUUUCCCAUUUCCUGCCGGCCCGGCUCCUUUAAGAGGGCAGAGCCGAUGCCGGGAACUCGCGUCACUUUUCCAGCCUAGGAAAGUCUCCAGGUCCAUGAGCGGAGGAGAAGCCGCCGCCGGCGCCGCCGUGAGGCUUCUCUCUCUCUCCUUCUCCUUCUUGGGCAUCGUUUACGCGCGGCGGGCCCGGGCCGAGCUGGGAAGGCUGGCGGAGAGAAGGCAACCCUUUCCACCGCGCCAGGAGAGACGGCACCGCCUCGCUUCCCUUCUCCGAGCCAUGCGAGGGCCCCCUCCGGGCUGGCUGGGGCGCGCUCGGGCGGCUCGCCGGUGAUCAUCGGAGGCGCCGCGCCGUGAGAAGAAGAAGAAGGAGGAGGAGGAGAGCGCCUUCGCCCGGCCGGCCCUGGUGGUGGAAAAGGAAGCCGAGCUAAGCCAACCAGCCAGGCAGCGGGCGGAAAGGCGCAGCCCAGCAGCCGGGAAAGAGAGGGGGGAAAAGAAGAAGCCCCAGGCGCCUUGCGCGCCCAACUUCCUGCGUUUGGGUAUUAUACUUCGCCCUCCUUCCCUCCGUGGAGACAUGUCGGAAGGUCCCGAUCUGGUCUGCAUCAAGCAGGAAAGGAUUUCGUAUACUCCGCCUGUGAGCCCAGUAGACGAUUAUCCUUCCUCGUCACCUCUCCAUGUCCCACUGCAUCGUACCAUCAGGAUGGAGGAAGAGACCCUCAGACUUCCAGCCCAUUUGCGUUUGCAACCCAUCUACUGGAGCAGAGACGAUGUGGGUCAAUGGCUAAAGUGGGCGGAGAAGGAGUUCUCCCUUAGAACCAUUGACAGCAAUACCUUUGAGAUGAAUGGCAAAGCUCUCUUGCUACUAACCAAAGAGGACUUCCGAUACAGAUCUCCACAUUCUGGUGAUGUGUUAUACGAGCUUCUUCAGCACAUCUUGAAGCAAAGAAAUUCUCAUAUGUUGUUUUCUCCCUUCUUCCACCCUGGGAAUUCUGUUCAUGCUCCGCCAGAUGUCAUGCUGCAUCAGAACCACGAUGAAGACAACUUUAUCUCAAGAGCUUCAAGGCAGUCGACAGACUCAAUGCAUCACAAUCCACCUACCAUUGAACUCUUACACCGCUCCAGAUCACCCCUCAGCGCUAAUCACAGGCCUUCGCCAGAGUCUGAGCAGCGGUCCUUGAAGUCCCCCCUGGAGAACACUAUCCGUCGCCUCUCGCCAGCUGACCGGCUCUUGGGCACGCGACACCAGGAGAACAAUCAUCAGGAGUCUUACCCUCUCUCGGUGUCUCCGGCUGAGAGCAACCAUUGCCCAACACCUUCCGAAGUGGCUCAGAAGCCUUCCAGUCCUCGCCAGGAAAAUACUAGGGUCAUCCAGUUGAUGCCCAGUCCGAUAAUGCACCCUUUGAUACUGAAUCCCCGACACUCCGUUGACUUCAAAGCUUCGAGGUUGUCUGAAGAUGGGCUGCACAGAGAGGUGAAGCCCAUCAACUUGUCCCACCGUGAAGAGUUAGCGUUCAUGAACCACAUCAUGGUGUCCGUCUCGCCCCCUGAAGAGCACGCAAUGCCAAUAGGGAGAAUCGCAGACUGCAGACUCCUUUGGGAUUACGUCUAUCAGUUGCUCUCCGACAGCCGGUACGAAAAUUUCAUCCGAUGGGAGGACAGAGAAUCCAAAAUAUUUCGGAUAGUGGACCCCAAUGGGCUGGCCCGGCUAUGGGGAAACCAUAAGAACCGAACAAAUAUGACCUACGAGAAAAUGUCUCGUGCCCUGCGCCACUACUACAAGCUAAAUAUUAUCAGAAAGGAGCCAGGACAAAGACUUUUGUUCAGGUUCAUGAAGACGCCAGAUGAAAUUAUGAGCGGCCGCACUGACCGCUUAGAACAUCUGGAAUCUCAGGAACUGGAUGAGCAGAUCUACCAGGAAGACGAGUGCUGAGGAUUUGAUCCACUUCCUUCACCGUGAAUUGAUGGAGAAACCGUCUCUGGAGAUCCAUUGGGCUGGGAAAACAGGGCUCCAGGACUUGGCAUUUAUCUCGGACUGGCAGGACCUCCAAGCACCUUAGCGAAGAAACAGAUUGGCAAGGGUGGUUGAAAGAAGAGAGCAUAGCCCUUUCGCCUGGUGGCUUUUAGGACCUGUCUCGCCUUGGGCUUGGUAUUUUUUUGUUUUGUUUUCGAUUGGUCAGUUUUAUAUAUAUAUCUAUAUAAAAAGGAAUU